UGGUGUCCCUGCCACACCAGUCUGUGUGCAUGCACACUCAGGAUGGCCGAGGAAUUCUCACUCCCAUAUCAAUCAGGUUGAAAAAAGCUGCAGGGGUGCACCUGGCCGAGGAAGAUGCCACUGCAGACUGUCCCUGGGUUAAUGUGGCUCUGGCAGAACAUGCCCUUUCAGACACUGGUCAUGUUCUUAGGCCUGUUCCUGCUGAUUGCUGAUUGCAUGGAAAGGAGACGGCCAAAGAAUUUCCCUCCAGGACCUUUGCCCCUGCCGUUCCUGGGCCACCUGCUCCAUGUGGAUUUCAAACAGCCCCAUAGGACUGUAGAGAAGCUUGCUGGAAAAUAUGGCAACAUUUUCAGCUUGCAGCUUGGUAACCUGACAUUUGUGAUUGUAAAUGGAUUCCAGCUGGUGAAGGAAGUGCUUGUCCAUCAGGGUGAAUACUUUCUUGGUCGCCCACAAAUUCCUCUUAUGUACGAAAUCUUCGGUCCAUUUGGAUUAGUCACCUCUAAUGGACAUAGCUGGAAACAACAAAGAAGAUUUGCUUUAUCAACUCUAAGAAACUUUGGCCUGGGGAAGAGGAGCUUAGAAGAACGAAUACAGGAGGAGAGCAGAUACCUCACAGAUGCAAUUGAGGAAGAAAAAGGGCAACCUUUUGACCCUCACUUUAAAAUUAAUAAUGCUGUUUCCAACAUUAUCUGUUCCAUCACUUUUGGGGACCGGUUUGAAUAUCAUGACAGUCACUUCCAGAAGUUACUGCGGUUGAUUGAUGAGACUUUGUACCUCCAGGGAACUAUUUGGAGCCAGCUGUAUGACUCCUUCCCGACCAUAAUGAAGUGGAUACCUGGACCCCAUCACACAAUUUUUAAAAACUGGGAAAAACUGAAGAGUUUUGUGAAGGAAAUGAUUGCAAAGCACAAAGAGGACUGGAAUCCAUCUGAACCCAGAGACUUCAUUGACUGUUAUCUGAAGGAAAUAGCAAAGGCCGAUGCCGACCCUAGUUUCUAUGAAGAAAAUCUCGUAUUUUCCACACUGGAUCUUUUUUUUGCUGGAACUGAGACAACGUCUACAACCAUCCGCUGGGCUCUGCUGUACAUGGCCCUAUAUCCUGACAUUCAAGAGAGAGUGCAAGCAGAGAUUGAUGCAGUGAUUGGCCAGUCUCGCCAGCCAGCCAUGGACGACAGGGACAACAUGCCAUACACCAAUGCAGUUAUUCAUGAAGUGCAAAGGAUAAGCAACAUCUUGCCUUUAAGUGUGCCCAGAAUGGCAACUAGUGACACAACACUGGCCGGAUUCUAUGUGCCAAAAGGCACCGUUUUGAUUCCCAAUUUGACAUCAGUGCUGUUUGACAAGAAUGAGUGGGAAACCCCUCAUACUUUUAAUCCUAAGCAUUUCCUGGAGGAUGGUCAGUUCAAGAAAAAAGAAACUUUCCUGCCAUUCUCUGCAGGAAAGCGUGGUUGCCUUGGCGAGCCGCUGGCUAGAAUAGAGCUGUUCCUGUUCUUCACUGUCCUCCUUCAGAAAUUCACAUUCCAAGCUCCGAAGGACGUGAAGCUAAGCCUUAAAUUCAGAACGGGACUUACUCUCUGCCCACAGCCAUACAAGAUCUGUGCGCUGUCUCGGUAGGGAAAGCCAGGAAAUGUUUGUCAUUGCCCCAUUUCUCAAAAUAAUUAGUUUGCUGUGCUUGUAUAUAGGGCUGCAUCGGCAGUUCACUAUGGGCAUGUCUAUACUUGUCAUUUAAGCGGAAAAAGCCCCUUUUUUGCACAAAAACCACAGGAGCGUCUACACUUGGUUUUCUUUUUGCGGUGAAACUUCUGAGUUUCACCGCAAAAAGAAAACCACCUCCACGAGAGGUGAACAGCUCUUACCAGUGAUGCUUUUGCAUUGAUAUGAAAGUGAAGACACGUUUUUCCUGUUUACCCAGCUUUUAGCCUCCGCAGGAUAUCCCACAGUGCCUAGCUGACCACUCUAGCCAACAGCUCUGUUGCCAGGUAAACAGACAUCCACCCCUCCCCCUGUAAAGCCCUAGGAACUUUGAAACUCCCCUUCCUGUUUUCUCCAUAAGUGCUCACUUAUCUGGCCAGGUGACAAUGGCUGCUCCAGGGAGCAAAUGAUCCCCUGCUUGGAGCAAUGCUAAGCUAAUGGCGCUUAUUAGUGUUUGGGGAGAGGAGGCUGCACAGGAACCCAGGAUGCCCCAUGAUCACCUCCCCGCCCCUUCCCACAAGACCCAUUGUCAAACUGGAGAGAGCUGCACUGUGGGAUAGCUGCCCUAGAGUGCUGCUCUCAUCACGAUGGAAGGGCUGCAAAUGUAAAGACUCUCUGAUGCCUAAGGAAUUAAGUGAGUACACAAACCAGCACUUUACUUUCACCGGUGAAACUUUCAGCGCAAAAAAUCUGCAAGUGUAGACAUACCUUAAGUCUCCAAAUCUCCCUGCCUGCCUCCGUUCUUAUAACCCAACAGGGAACCAAUAUCAGCAAUUGGACGAUUUGGGAACCUGAUAUUGGAAGGGGCUGUGGCUGUUAUGAUACAUCCUACCAUGAGGGCAGCUCUUCCUGAUGUCCCUGCCACACCAGUCUGUGUGCAUGUACACUCAGGAUGGCCGAGGAAUUCCAUUUCCCAUAUCAAUCUGGUUGAGAAAAGGUAAGUAUAUUUCAUGAAUUCUUUCAAAAGGAACAUUUUGUUUCAUUUGCAGUUUUUCAUGAAAUAUUUAGUUUUUCAAUGGAAACUUUUCAAAACAGUUUUUGUUGAAAAAAUUUCACUGGUGUGGAAAAAAACACAACCAGAAGAGAACUCCUGACUCUUUAAAAAAGUUAAUACUAAUACAUUUUUAAAACCUGCCCACAUUGGGAUUUGAAUUCCUAACCUAUAUAACAGUACUAGUGCUCAACCCUGCUGCCAUGAGUAUUGCUGAGAAACCUCAUGGCCUUUAGGUGGUGGGCCAGGCAGGGAACUAGGGCAGAAUUUUACAUAUGGACUAUUCCAGUUGGAACGGCCGGGUUGCUGAUGGGGUUGGUUUAGUGCACAUGUAGUUGAACAAAGGCGAGCUGGACGUUUCAUAGGCAAAUUUACUGUGGUUCUUAAUUUUAAAUUUGGUGUUUAUUUUAUGGUGUUUAGGUGCUUUAGAAAUACUUCAGAGGGUCAGAUAUUUUGUUGGCUGGCUGAGGAUCAAUGUAGUUAAAGAACAGUUAUAGCCCUUAUUUUGCAACGUGAAUAGUAUUUUCAAAGGUAAUUUAAAAGUAUUUGUUGAACAAUGUUGGAUUUUGGGCCUAUCAUCCUUGAAAAGCGAUUCUUCAAGAAAUUUUAAGAGUAAAAGGAGUUAUUAAUUUUUUUUUUUUUUAAUUUAAAGAUAACUUUCUGCAAAAAAGUUCCAAUAACUGACAUUUUAAAGUUAAUAAAGAGCACUUGUUUGUAUUGUU